AACAGUUUUUCUUCUCGCAGCGCACUGCAUUUAUUUGGUGCGAGACAAUUAUAAUAAUAAUAAAGAUGGCGGAGGAGGCGGUGAGCAGUGUGAAGUGUCCGGUUUGUUCUGGGGAUUUUAAGUCCAGUGAAAUUAACUCUCACUUGGAUAAAUGUUUGGAUGAGUGCUGGAAAAACGAGGACGAGCCUCCGGCUAAAAAGUCCCGUGUUAGCAGCGAAGCUAAAAGCGGCUCUGAAGGCGGGACUAACGGGGCGGAAGUGAAACCAAAUCAACCUGCAGCCGGUGCCGUGUUUUCGCUCUUCAACAACAACAACAACAAGAAAUCGUUUUUAUCAUCCAAACAGACGGCUAGUGAAGGUAUGGCACGCGUAACGGCGUCGCCUAGCAACGCGCAUGACAGCGCCACACUUCCGGGUUCGGCUUCCGGAAACCGGAAGCAGCCGGAUGAAACCGAGGUGCUGAAGCAGAGGCUGCUGAACUCAGAUAAACCUCUGGCGGAGAAGAUGAGGCCCAGCACCCUGGAGGAGUAUUUUGGCCAGAAUAAAGUGUUAGGAGAACAAACACUGCUCAGAGCCUUGCUGCAGUCACAGGAAGUCCCGUCCCUGAUCCUGUGGGGGCCUCCCGGAUGUGGAAAGACAACUCUGGCCCACAUCAUUGCCAGCUCCUGUAAAAAGAAAGGCACGGCACGCUUCGUAACUCUCUCAGCCACCAGCACGUCGACCAAUGAGGUGCGAGAGGUGAUCAAGCAGGCGCAGAACGAGCUGCGACUCUGCAAGAGGAAAACCAUACUGUUCAUCGAUGAGAUACAUCGCUUUAACAAAUCCCAACAGGACACGUUUCUGCCUCAUGUGGAAUGCGGGACAAUCACACUGAUCGGGGCGACCACGGAGAACCCGUCGUUUCAGGUGAACAGUGCUCUGCUGAGCCGUUGCAGGGUCGUGGUGCUCGAGAAGCUGAGCGUGUCAGCGAUGAGCUCGAUAUUGCGCCGGGCCGUGGAUUCACUCGGGCUGAUUGUGUUACCAGACGGCGUUUCAGGACCUGACUGCUCUGCAGAGCAGCAGGUGUGUAUCGAGCAGAAGGCCCUGGACACCAUCGCUCACUUGUGUGACGGAGACGCUCGAGCGGCUCUCAACGGCCUGCAGCUGGCCGUGCAGGCGUGUGUGAACAAGACCCUCAGUGCAGAAACGCACGCUCCUCAGAACACCGUGGUCCAGGAGCAGCAUGUCAAAGAGGGUUUACAGAGAUCGCACAUCCUCUACGACAAAGCAGGUGAGGAACACUACAACUGCAUCUCAGCCCUGCAUAAGUCAAUGAGGGGCUCAGAUGAAAACGCUGCUCUCUAUUGGCUGGGCCGGAUGUUGGAGGGAGGCGAGGAUCCGCUGUAUGUUGCACGCAGACUGGUACGCUUCGCUAGCGAGGAUGUAGGUUUGGCCGAUCCCGCUGCACUCCCUCAGGCCGUGUCUGCGUUCCAGGCCUGCCACUUCAUCGGCAUGCCCGAGUGCGAGGUGAUCCUCGCACAGUGCGUGCUGUACCUGGCCAGGGCUCCGAAGUCUGUCGACGUGUAUAAAGCUUAUAGCAAUGUCAAGGCCUGUCUAAGGAACCACAAAGGCCCUUUACCUUCAGUGCCGCUUCACCUCCGCAACGCUCCCACCAAGCUAAUGAAGGAGCUCGGCUACGCUAAAGGCUACAAAUACAAUCCAGCUUUCAAUGGGCCAGUGGACCAAGAAUACCUCCCUGAGGAACUCCGCGGCAUCAACUUCUUCACCUGGACGCCGUCUGAUUGAUAAACUCGCACCACUUUCUUUGUACAUGGGAGUGUUGGCUGCUUUAUUUACUCUUUUGCUACAAUUCAACUGAUUUAACAAUUAUUCAAUCUGCACUUAAACGGCACGUGUCAACUUUGUUCAUGACCAGCUUCUGUCACUUAUCGUACCGUAUUAAGUUUACAUUUGUUGUUUUUGUAAUUAGCAUACUGUAAAGUUUUUGUAAGUAAUUGUAAUGAAAAGACUUUAAUUAAAAAACACACAUUUUGUUU